AUGACUGAAGAGCAAGGCAAAUAACGAUUUGCGUAUACGGCACCAAAAUAAAUUUUGGAAGAAGCUGCAUAAAUUGGCGAAGAUAAUUAAACAAGAAAGUAAAAUUUAGACAAAGUUGAAGAAAAGUUCAAGUACAAGCAAAAGAACCGCUAGUUGAGUCCAGAAAGGAAAGAUGUUUUCAAUGAUUAAGGAGGUGAGAAUGGGAGAACAUAUGCAGAAAUCAUGAUCUAAUAGGAUUUAGAGAAUUCGAGAUCUGAAAUUGAAAAUAAAAUAAAAAAGACCGAGACAUUAAAUAAGGAGGAAAAAAAAUUAGUAAAAUAAUAAGUGAAGGUGGAAUAAAAUGUUGCUUAAUAAAUAAAAUAGGAAAGAUCAGAAUGGGAAUAAGAAAGCAAAGAUGUUUCUAAAAAGCCUUAAAAAUGGGAAACCCCAUCAAGAGGUAUUUUUAAAAAGUUCAUAAAUAUUUAGAUGGUCCUUAAUCAUCAGCAAGAGCAUCGAGAUGGGAUAAUACAAAUAAAUUAUAAGCAACUCCAGGUAGGGCAGGAACAGUAUUUGGAGAGACUCCAACUCCAGGACAUAUGGAAAUAGGAGACACACCAUAUAAAUAUGGAGAAACACCAACUCCAAAUCGUUCUUAUAUAAAAGCUAGAUGGGGAGAGAGAACACCAUUAGGUGGAUAAUCUGGAUUUGGAGGAGGAAUGACACCACAUACACCAGGAACUGUUACGAGAACACCUAUGACACCAGGAUAAUUAGGAAAUAUGACACCUGAUAGAGUAUACUAAUUUAGAUUAGAAAAAGAAAUGGAAGAAAGAAAUAAAUAUAUGACAGAUGAAGAAUUGAAUAGUAUAUUACCAGGUCCUAAAGAUGGUUAUGAAGUAAUCAUACUUUUAUAAAAUAGAUAUUAAAAGCNGCAUUUUAAAUUAAUAUCCCAAAUUUCUAAUAUCUCUGUCAAAUAGCAAUAACAAUUUAAAUAAUUUAAUUAUAAAAUAUUUUGGAAAUCUCUUAAACUUGA